GAGGGUGAGGGUGGGUCGCAGAAAACAGGGCGUAUGAGGAAGUUGUAGGAGACGCUGAAGAAGAAGAAGAACAACAGUUCAGCCGUAAGAAGGAGCUUGCUGCGUUCAGAAUGCCUGCCAAGAAAGUGUGCAUCGUCGGAUCUGGAAACUGGGGCUCCUCCAUCGCCAAAAUAAUCGGGCGCAAUGUGAAGGCUUCCAACCGGUUUAACCCAGUGGUAAACAUGUGGGUUUAUGAAGAAAUGAUUGACGGGAGGAAGCUCACCGAGAUCAUCAACACCGAGCACCAGAAUGUCAAAUACCUGCCGGGCCACAAGCUGCCUGCCAAUGUGGUGGCCAUUCCAGACGUCACAGAGGCCGUGAAAGGGGCAAAGAUCCUCGUCUUUGUCAUCCCGCACCAGUUCAUCGGCAAACUGUGUGACCAGAUCAAACCUCACAUCACGGAGGGAACCAUCGGCAUAUCGCUCAUCAAAGGUAUCGACGAGGGACCAGACGGACUCAAGCUCAUCUCGGACAUCAUUCGAGAGAAACUGGAGAUCGAGGUCAGCGUCCUGAUGGGGGCCAACAUCGCCAGCGAGGUGGCGGACGAGAAGUUCUGCGAAACUACCAUCGGGGCCAGAAACGAGGCGAACGGCCUCGUCUUCAAGGAGCUGCUUCAAACCCCCAACUUCCGCAUCACGGUCGUGGACGAGAGCGACACCGUGGAGCUGUGCGGAGCCCUGAAGAACAUCGUGGCGGUGGGCGCCGGAUUCUGCGACGGCCUGGGUUUCGGCGACAACACCAAGGCGGCGGUGAUCCGGCUGGGUCUGAUGGAGAUGGUGGCCUUCGCCAAGAUGUUCUGCAAAGGCCACGUGAGCUCCACCACCUUCCUGGAGAGCUGCGGCGUGGCCGACCUCAUCACCACCUGCUACGGGGGGCGGAACCGCAAAGUGGCCGAGGCCUUCGUCAGGACGUCCAAGUCCAUAGUCGAGCUGGAGGCAGAGAUGCUCAACGGGCAGAAGCUGCAGGGCCCGCAGACCUCCGCCGAAGUCUACAAGCUCCUCCAGAAGAAGGACAUGGUGGACAAGUACCCAUUAUUCGCUGCGGUCUACCUGAUCUGCUUUGAGGGCAAAGAGGUGAAAGAGUUCAUCACCUGUCUGCAGAACCAUCCGGAGCACAUUUGACGAGUCCGUCGUCAUGUUGGCUGCUGCUGCUGCUGCACCUGUAGCAGGGCGGCGCCACCACCAGAGGGUGGAAGAGACGCACCAUAAAGAAACGCACAACUCUGCACAGGAGAUGCAAUGAGACACACUUUGUUUAUCUGGGACAUUUCAUAGAAGGCGAUAUUCUUCUUAGCUUUUAAAGCUUUGAUAUUUUUUGUAUUGCUCUCUUUGAGUGAAAUACUACGGGCAGGUGUUAAACUACAGAGCCCCCCCCCCUCCUUAAGGCAACACACUCCACUUAUUUUAUUGCUAAAAUGAUGUCAAAUUUGUCCUUGUGUUUGUUUUUUUCUCAAUAAAUUCAAUUCGUAAGAAACGGA